UUUGCAGUCCAAAUCCGGGGGGAAGCUCCCGAGUUUUAAGCAUUCAGAAAGAAGCGUCUUUCCAAGCUUUCGCCCAAAACAGUGAAUUUGUCACCCGCAAAUUCAACGAAAGCAUCGGGUAUGUCCCAACAAGGGAUUCGGGAAACGCGUUCUCAAACGACCGCGCAUGAGCCUCUGGAGGAGCCGUAGUUCGCAGCUUGUGACGCUUCGAGCCCCAAAGGCGUCUGGGUUCCGACCUCGUGGGUCGGAAUGUCUCCUGGCUAGCCGGUCCAGAGACUGCAUCUAUACAUAAAAACAUUUUAUAGAAGACUGGGAGUACAGCACAGGAAGGCGUCCGAGAUCCUGUAACAACAGCAAUGAAUUACAGAGAAGAAAUUAUGAGUUUGAUAGUCCCAGGACAAUUUGAUGAUGCUGAUACUUCAGACAGUGAACCCCCACAGGUUGUUCAAGCAUCUCAGGAGGAGAAGAUAGUUGUUAAAAUGCAACAGUCCCAUCUGAAUGAGGAAGCAGAUGUGGAUGAAUCCGAUGAGUGCUCUGAGGAUGAGGAAGAUGGAUGGGAUUGGGAUGAUGAUAUGGGAAAGCUGACAAAAGGGAAUCCAAUGGCUGGAGGAAGAAACCUACAGGCAAAUAAACAGAUUCCCAGCAGCAAUGCAGCCAAAAUGUCUACACCUACAAAUAAAGCAUUAAGAAAGUUUGAGAAUAAAAUCAAUCUAGACAAGCUGCAUUUUGCUGAUUCUGUUAUAAAUAAAGUUACAGAGAAGUCUAGGCAAAGAGAAGCAGAUAUGUACCGGGUAAAAGAUAAAUCAGACAGGGCAACAGUAGAACAAGUCCUGGACCCGAGAACACGAAUGAUUCUAUUCAAGAUGCUUAGUAGAGGUGUGAUAUCAGAGAUCAAUGGUUGUGUCAGCACUGGAAAAGAGGCUAAUGUGUAUCACGCCAGUACCGCCAAAGGUGAAAAUAGAGCAAUAAAGAUUUACAAAACUUCCAUUUUGAUGUUUAAAGAUCGGGAUAAAUAUGUGAGUGGAGAAUUCAGGUUUCGUCACGGAUACUGUAAAGGAAACCCAAGAAAGAUGGUCAGGACAUGGGCGGAAAAAGAAAUGAGAAAUUUAAGCAGGUUAUAUACCGCACAAAUACCAUGUCCAGAACCCAUUAUGCUAAGAAGCCAUGUUCUUGUGAUGGGCUUUAUUGGCAAAAAUGAUAUGCCUGCUCCUUUGUUGAAAAAUGCCCAAUUAUCAGAGUCAAAAGCCCGAGAAUUAUACCUGCAAGUCAUACAGUUUAUGAGAAGAAUGUACCAGGAUGCCAAGCUUGUUCAUGCAGAUCUCAGUGAAUUUAAUAUGCUGUAUCACAGUGGUCAGGUAUAUAUUAUAGAUGUGUCCCAGUCUGUGGAGCACGAUCAUCCUCAUGCUUUAGAAUUCUUGAGGAAAGACUGUGCCAAUAUCAAUGAUUUCUUUCAUAAGUACAAUGUUGCGGUGAUGACAGUGAGAGAGCUCUUUGAGUUUGUCACAGAUCCAUCUAUUACGAAUGAGAAUAUGGAUGCCUAUCUUGAAAAGGUAAUGGAAAUUGCAUGUGAGAGAACAGCAGAAGAAAGAUCCAAUCAGAAUAAUGUAGAUGAAGAGGUAUUCAGGAAAGCCUAUAUCCCUAGGACUCUGACAGACGUUAAGAACUAUGAGAGAGAUGUGGACAUAAUGAUGAAGCUGAAGGAAGAAGAUUCAGCCCUCAGUGUGCAGCAAGAUAAUAUUCUCUACCAGACCGUGACAGGAUUAAAGAAGGAUUUAUCCGGUGUUCAAAAGGUGCCUGCUCUCCUUGAAAAUAAUAAUGAUGAGGCAAAUUCUAACAGCGAGGAUGAGGAUGAUAGCUCUGACAAUUCAGACUCAUGUUGUAAGGAACAGGAAGACUCGGGGCAUUUUAAAGACCAAUCUGCUGAAACAGGUGCUGAUAAAAAGGAAAGGAAGAAAAUAGUUAAAGAGGCUCAAAGGGAGAAGAGAAAACACAAGAUUCCGAAGCAUGUCAAGAAGCGAAAAGAGAAGAUAGCAAAAAUGAAAAAGGGCAAAUAAAUUCUGGUGGUCGUUUUUCAAGUUUUUCUUGUUUUAGUGAGUCAUAUUUUGGAGCUGAGCCCAUUUUGAUGCAUAUCAACAGAACACCGCGACAGGCUAAAUUGUUACCUGAUUGACUUGCUCUUGUGGGCUCCUGCAGAGUCAGAAGCUCCCACUAAGAACAUAUUCCUGUGGAGAAAUGAAAACGAUUUCACAAAUGUGUUUUUUUAAAGAAAUCCAGAGAAAUUGAUGCAACAUACAAUUGUAUAUUUUGUACUUGUGUAAUGACACCAACAUGUAAACUAAUUCCUUUCUUCUGUCAUCAAUUAUUUGGGUAGAUACGUAGGCAAAUAAUGUGGGAGGAGCAGACAUAGUCUCAUUUAUUUCAGCCAGGGAUGUGGCAAUGGAUGGCCCUGUGGACAUUGGACCGCACCUCUUAACAUUUCUCUUUCCGUGCUGAUGAAGGCAGAUGGGAAUUGGAGUUCAGCAACAUUUAGAAGGCCAAACAGUAGCCUGUUUGUGAUGAAAACUGUUCAUUCAGUUUCAGUGAGUUGUCUGCACGAAAGAUCAGCUUGUACAAAGAGGAAGAGUUAAUGAGGUGCUUGCUAGCAAAUAUAUUCCUUUUUAUCCUGUCCAUCUGCAGCAUUGACUCUAUAUUUGGGAAGGGGAGGGUCAGAGGAAAACCACACUUAUAAAUAACAUGUUUUUUAUCACUCUCAUCUCUGUCUGGAUUUGUGACACAAUUCUCCACAUGUUACCUCUUGGAUUCUGUUUGGCUGCAUGGUAGGGAAACUCAGUAGAGUCCUGUUGCCUAGGUAGCAGACUAACAGAUUUCUCCUCUAAUCAGGAAAUGUGGUUCUCCCUCUCCCUCUCUCCCUCUCUCUCUCUGGCAAGUUUAUGAAUAGAAUGACCUUUCUGUGAUCAAGAGAAUAUUUCUGUAACAGUUCCUAAUUUGAGUUCAAAUUGCUUCCCUAUGGAUGAAGCACUGUAAGGAUACUUACAAACUGAGUUGACACAAGAGACCAACAAUUCACAUUCAUUACUCAAUUGUUUUUAAAAGUUGAAAUCAAGUUCAGUGACUGGCCGCCACCAUCAUCUUUAAAACAUUAGUAAUUAAUGUUCUGAACUAUUAAUGGAAUCACUGAACUUUAUCAAAUUGGUUUUACUCUGAUUAAAAACUGUAAACUGCCAUUCUUGGCUCAGAUGUUUAAGGAGCAGCAAUAUUUUAGCAGCUGUCAGUGAUAUAAAUCCAUUGCCACUGGUGUCAUUUUCGUUGAAAAUAAAACUCAAUCUGCAUUGUU